UGCAUUUGGAUGACAGGAUGAGGCUGCUGUCAAACGUGGAGUAAACGUAAACAUUAGCAUUGUGCAAAAAUGUGCAAACCGGUCAAGUGAUAAAGAGCGCAAAAACGAUUAAACUCUUUGCAACAAUUAAAUAAGAACGCGUCCGCCAUCAGCAUGGAGGUACCACUGGAGAGCACGGAGCAUGAAUUGCCAGCAGUGAAAUAUGAAUAUCUAGACCACACGGCGGAUGUGCAGUUACACGCUUGGGGGGAAACGUUAAAGGAAGCGUUCGAACAGUGUGGGAUGGCAAUGUUCGGCUACAUGACGGAGCUGCCCACAGUGGAGAUAAAGAAAUGCUAUCAAAUCACGACAGAGCCGACAGACGAUUUGGACAAUAUGCUGUUCCGAUUUCUCGACGAACUGUUGUUUUUAUUUUCAGCGGAACCUUUCCUCAUUUGUAAGAAGCUCGAGAUAACUAAGUUCGAUUCUGAACAAUUUACCAUUGAGUGUAAUUGCUACGGGGAAGAGUUUGAUUUGCAAAAACAUCCUCAGGGUACGGAGGUGAAAGCAAUAACGUACUCAGCAAUGCAAAUUUACAAAAAGCCUGAACACGAAAAGAACGAAGUGUUUGUUAUAAUUGAUAUAUAAAUAUGUAAUUAUAGGAUAACGAUUUUCGUAUAAUUUA